UCCCAUACAAUCCAUUGAGUGGUCAAUUUGUUCAGUAUAGCAUUGUCUGUCUUCACUCUGCGUUUGAUCGCUCACCAGAGAAGUUAACACACCGGGCUCUUCUUCAUUUCAUCUUUCUUAGUGAUCUUAAGUUGUGAUCUUAGUCCGCAGAUUGAUCGGACUUCUUUCAAGGGGUUUAAAGUGAAAUUGAUAUGGUGCCUUCAUCAUUUGGUAUCAUGAACAAAAUAAAAUUUUUUGCUACCUAUGUAAUAAUGUUUUUUAUCAAAGUUUAAGUGCAAAGUCCAGAGACAUUAUCGCAAAGUUUUCGCAAUUGAAAAAGUCUAUUCAUGUGAAAUCAAUUAUUUUCAGACUUUAAUCGACACUGAUAAGUUUUUCUGUGCGAGUUUCUGCAUCUGGACAAAAAAAUUUAAUUUAAUUUAGCGGCAAAAUAUUGAAGAGUCAUAUAUCUGGCUUAUCAGUGAAUGUGGGUGAACAUUGGACCAAUUAAGUGUUUUUAAUAUUAAAAUUUUCAUCAAAUGCAGUGACGGUGAAAUUGAACAAGUCACAAUAUUAAUACUGCAUAUGGAUUUAUCAUAAGUGGUUUAUAAAUAAUAAUACAGUGUAUGCAAUCCCAAUAGCUCCAAUUAAAAAAUCAAGAUGAAUUUAAUAUUGGGAAAAAGUGUCAUACUGAGCAGAAUGUAUCAGUACUUAAUGUAUUUAUCUCCAAUUACGCUCCUCAUUUACGUUCUUUUGAUCACACUUAUCAUUAUGUACAAUAAACGAAGAGCGCGACUUGUGAAAUUAAUUGAUAAAAUUCCUGGCCCACCCGGUAUACCAAUUUUGGGUAACACCAUCGAAAUUAACGUUGAUCAUGAUGAAUUAUUCACGAGAAUACUUGGCAUGAGAACACUAUGGGGGCGAAGACAAGGAUUUUGUAGGGCUUGGAUUGGGACGCAACCAUACGUUUUCAUAUCCAAACCAUCAGUUGUUGAGCCCAUAUUAGGAAGCCCCAAACAUAUUGACAAAAGUUCAGAUUACAACUAUCUACAUCCCUGGCUUGGAACUGGAUUACUCACAAGUUCCGGAAUAAAAUGGCAUUCCCGUAGAAAGAUUUUGACACCAGCUUUUCACUUCAAAAUCCUUGAAGAUUUUAUCGAUGUGUUCUCGGAGCAAAGCUCCAUUUUAGCAUCGAAAUUGGCUGUCGAAGUUGAGAAAGAGUCUUUUAAUAUCUUCCCUUACGUGACUCUCUGUACUCUUGAUAUUGUUUGUGAGACGGCGAUGGGUAGACAAGUCAAUGCCCAGAGCAACAGUGAUUCAGAAUACGUUAAGGCGGUUUAUGAAAUUGGGGCGAUUGUUUUGAAUCGUCAGGCAAAAAUAUGGCUUCAGCCUGAUAUAAUAUUCAGGCGAACCAAGCAUUUUGCGGACCAUCAGCGCUGCCUAAAGGUUCUUCAUGACUUCUCGUAUCGCGUUAUCAGGGAACGCAAAGAAAUGAUCAAGAAGGAGCAAAUGAAGAAAAUGCAGCAACUUGCUAACAAUAACAACAUUGGGGAUGGAUCUUGUAUCGUGGAGAGGGAUACAUCGGAUUCUGAAGAGGAGAGGAUGCAAUUCAUUACAUCCACGAGCAUGAAAGUGGAGGCCGAUGAGGAUGUUGUGGGAAAGAAGAAGAGACUCGCCUUUCUCGACCUCUUGAUUGAGGCCUCACAAGAUGGGAAGGUUCUUUCAAAUGAUGAUAUCCGAGAGGAGGUCGAUACAUUCAUGUUUGAAGGACAUGAUACCACGUCAGCUGCAAUCAGUUGGACUCUCUUCCUCAUUGGAUCUGACCCGGAAAUUCAAGAGCGCGUUAUAGAGGAGAUUGAUUUAGUAAUGGAUGGUGAUCGUGAGCGUGCACCAACAAUGAAGGAGCUUCUUGAUAUGAAAUAUUUGGAGUGCUGCAUAAAGGAAGCACUUCGACUCUACCCCAGUGUCCCCCUUAUUGCGCGCCAGAUUAAGGAAGAUGUACAAAUUGAUGAAUAUACCAUACCUGCAGGAACCACCGCUAUGAUUGUUACUUACAUGCUUCACAGAAAUCCCCAGAUCUACUACAAACCAGAACAAUUCAAUCCUGAUCGGUUCUUACCAGAAAACUGCCAGGGUCGUCAUCCUUAUGCGUACAUUCCUUUCAGUGCUGGCCCAAGAAAUUGCAUUGGGCAGAAAUUUGCAAUUCUCGAGGAAAAAUCAGUGAUCUCUGCUGUUCUGAGGAAAUAUAAAAUUGAAGCAGUUGACCGAAGAGAAGAUUUGACACUGAUGGGAGAAUUAAUUUUGCGACCCAAAGAUGGACUUCGUGUACGAAUUACACCCCGAAAAUAAUUUCCUUACCAAAAUUUACGAUAUAAAGCAAAUUUUGGACAACAUCAUAUUAUUUUAGUUUAACCGUAACAACACUAUACAUAUUGUAUGUGGAGCGUGUAUUUAUUAUUUUUAAAUACUCAAAAUGGCGAAAAACUAUUUUUAUAUCAAGUGAAAUAUUGUAAUAUGUAUUUAAUACUAAU